UGAUCGCCGGUCCGCUGUCUCCCUCAGACACAGCGGAUCACGGAAAGAGCUGAAGAUGUCGGCUCGGUCAUGUGAUCAGCUGUGUCCAAUCACAGCUGAUCACAUGGGACAUGUACACUGAUCAUCAGGGUACUGAUGAUCAGUGUGCCCUGAUGAUCAGUGUGGCCCCAGAAGUGCCACCUGUCAGUGCUCAUCAGUGCCACGUGCCAGUGCCCAUCAGUGCCACAUCAAUGCCACAUAUCAGUGCCCAUCUGAGCUGCCUUUCAAUGUCACCCAUCAGUGCCAGUCAGUGCCACCUAUCAAUGCCAAUCGGUGCCACCUAUUAGUGCUGCCAAUCAGUGCCACCUAUCAGUGCCAGUCAGUGCCACCUAACAGUGCCAGUCAGUGCCGCCUAACAGUGCCAGUCAGUGCUGCCUAACAGUG